AUGCCGAGAAAAACAAGCGCCAUGACCUGAGAGCUCAAGCGGUCACGGAAAAUAUACCCAGGUUCUGCCCAGUUGAUAUUUAAUGUGACAGACGUUGUUGAAAGAACUGUCUGUAAUAAAACUGUAAUUCUACCUUGCCAUGUGAUUAAUCUAAAGGAGAACAAUUCAAAUGUCAUGUUUGUUACGUGGAAAAAACAAGGAAAAAGAAUUUUUUCUUUUCAUGGAGCAAGUCAAGAGUUUUUCAGAGAUGAAACGGUUCCAUCAGCUAAGUUAGUAUCUCAGGCGGAUUUACCCAAGGGCGAUGCCUCUCUAAUGCUUAACAGUGCAGAAGCAGAUGUUGGAAAUUACAGCUGUGAAGUAACAGAAUCAAGCAGAGAAGGAGAAACAAGAGUUGAACUUAGAAACCGCUCAGUUGUCAGUUGCGGCGAGGAAAGUACCCCAACACCAAAGGAAAAAUGUGGAUCAUGGUUUAUUCUGGUGGAAAGGGCUAUCAUCAUUGCGUUGCUGUUCUUAGUUAUUAUUUUGUGUUCAGCUCAGUUAAGUGUGAUUGCAUUAAGAUACGAAAUUGAAACUCAGAAGAAAAUGGGUGUUAUUGUAGCAGGUAUCGUCUUCACAGUUGCUGCUGUUGUAGGCACUGUUCUUUUUGUCCAAGAUGGCUAUACUGCACAGAAUCAAGCUGGUCUUGGCCUAAUUGUAGUCCCUGCUGUCAUUUUGGUACCGCUUCAAUACUUUAUGUUUGGAAUUGUUUUCGAUAGUCUACCACAAGCAACACUUGCUCUGAUAGGCUUGCAAAUUCUUGGUUAUAUAAUUGCUGUGGUUGGUUUUGCACUGUGUGUCUCAGCCUGUCCUCCAUUACAUGGGUCCAUUGUGAUUGCUGGCUUAGCUAUUACGGCUAUUACAAAUUUGCUUAGUCUGGCUUACGUGUUUAUUAUGGGUUCCCGAAUGAAAGAUCAUCCUCGUCCAGGGAAAGCUGUAGAAGAACCACUAAAUGAACUGAAGAGCUCUGUGAUAUGUGAAAAGUACACCGCUGUUGAUACACCGUGGCCUUGAAGAUGCACUACUCAAAGAGAAGAAAUUCAGGAAAUUAGUUGUUUUGCAUGUGUGGCAAAAGUGCUUUUGAUAUAAAUGAUGUAAUUUUAUAGUCACAGCAGUUGUAGCGAGAAAUGUGUGUUUGCCCACAUGUGAUCUUAAUUUUCUUUUGUUAUGGUAUAUAUGGGAUAGUUGAGGGUGAGACUAUAAAAAGCACUGUCCACUACAG